UGCGCAUGCUCAAAAAUAACAUGGCGUCACGCUAGCUUGUUCCUUUUCGAUUGUUGUGGAAAAGCUGAAGCCUUGGGUUGCCAGCUUUCCAAGGAAAGAUGCAGAUCUUCGUAAAGACCCUCACGGGUAAAACAAUCACCCUCGAGGUCGAGCCAAGUGACACGAUCGAUAAUGUCAAGGCCAAGAUCCAGGACAAGGAAGGAAUUCCUCCAGACCAGCAGCGUCUGAUUUUCGCUGGUAAACAGCUCGAAGAUGGACGUACUUUGUCCGACUACAACAUUCAGAAGGAAUCGACACUCCAUCUUGUCCUCCGUCUGCGUGGUGGUGCCAAGAAGAGAAAGAAGAAGAACUACACCACCCCAAAGAAGAUCAAGCACAAGAAGAAGAAGGUCAAGCUUGCAGUCCUCAAGUUCUACAAGGUUGAUGAGAACGGCAAGAUCACCCGUCUCCGCCGUGAGUGCCCCGCCCCAGCCUGUGGCGCAGGAGUGUUUAUGGCUAGCCACUUUGACCGACAAUACUGUGGCAAGUGUGGUCUCACAUAUGUAUACAACAAAGCAGAAUAAACUCUUCUAAGUUGGCA